AAACUGGUAAGGGGUGAAAGUCUUUUAGACCCAUCAUUCCUAUCAUCUUUUAUGGUUCCAUAAAUAAAUGAAAGAAACCUCCAUUAUCUCCCUCUUCAUCUCUUUGCCUUUGUCCCUACUCGCCGACCCUUAAACCCCCCAUUUGUGUCUGCAAAAUCUCACUUAUUGUUUUGCUUACAUAUACAAAUCGCUUGUUAGAUCCAUUGACAGAUAGAGAAAAAAGGGUUUAAAAAUGGAUAAAAGCUGUCAAUCUUCUGGUGAAUCCUCCAUUACUAGCAAUAGCUCCACUGCUAACAAUAGAGAUCAUUACCUUAAACACCUUAACAAGCUUUCCCAUAAGAUUUCUAAACCCUCUUCUUCCACCACCGCCGCCGCCGUCGCUGCCUCCGCCGCUGGUCCGCUCAUCAGGAAGUCUUCUUUUGAACUGACCCAGAAUCUUACACAGGCUCAGCUUCCGCCUCCGCCACCGCCGCCUCCGAAUCCUAGCCAAAGUGGUCUCCAGGCUCAACAACACCAGCCACCUGUUUACAACAUCAACAAAAACGACUUCAGGGAUGUGGUGCAGAAGCUUACCGGUUCACCGGCUCACGAGCGCUUUUCUACUCCGCAGCCAAUCCACCAACCCAAACCACAAAGCUCUCGGCUUCAAAGGAUCCGACCUCCUCCUUUGCCGCAUGUUAGUAAUCGUCCUUCUCCCAUGAUGAAUAUGAACCCUUCCGGUUGCUCUCAAUCUAACCCUCCCGUCGGUGGCCCUACUGUUAAUAGCUUCAUGAAUCAAAGGCCACCUGCUACCGCCCCUCUUUCACCACUCCCACCACUCCCGACUGUACUCGCGGCGGCCGAAUCCCCUGUCUCUGCCUAUAUGCGUUGCCUACAAAACUCCUUAUCCACCUCUGUUGAUCCUAACCCAAAACAAUUCACUGGGUUCCCACCAUUAGCCCCACUCGUUUCACCCCGUUGGAACAACUUGACCGCCCCGCAACAACAACAACAACCUCCGCCGCCGCCGCCGCAGCAACAGCCACAGGUAUCAUCACCACUACCAUUCGGCUGCUUGAAUUCCCCACGGUCACCCUAUGCUUUACUUUCCCCAAGCUUGCUAUUUUCUCCAAAUUCGGGUCAACUAGGAUUCCCUCUUUCACCAACAGUGCCCGUGCCCAUCCCAAAAUGGCGAAGUCUUUGAUAAUUUGUGGAGAGGGAAAGGAAGCUAAAAGUCACUAAAAUUGUUGACUUUGAAUAUGAAUGCUAUUGGGUUUGGAGAGCAAAUGGUGUUUCCUGUGAGGAUGAAGACUUUUCUUGAAGUUGAGGCAAAAUGGCUAAUUUUAGUGCUUGGAAAAGCUUUUACAAAAAACUUGGU